AUGAACAAAAAGCACAAGGAAAUUGUGGAGUACUUUCACAAGUCUCAGAAUUUGUGAGUACAGAAUAUUAGUGGGAGGGAAUUGGAAUGCGUCAGAGAAUCGACUUUGCCGAUAUUCAUCGAAAGAGCUUGGAUUCGACACGAGCGGGAAGUGCGGGGAAAACGGGAAAUCGAGCCUGAGGACGACGAAGAAGACGAAAGGACGAAAAGAGAGAUCGGGCGGUCGAGAAGGCCGGACAAGAUUGUUUUUGUGGUCCGUUCUGCCGGGUAAGCCUUUAUUUCCCAGAAAAUGUGUAGAUCAAAUUGUUUACAGAAAAGAGCAAAUUGUUCAGUACGUCUACGUUGUCUGUUCGCUGAUCGGAUCGAUCGGAUUCCUGGCGUGGUCCAUUCCCGGAAUGCUCAAAUCGGCAACUACUGUCAUCGGUAAGUGCGAUCAGCUUAUUUCAUUCCGAUCCAUGUUUUCAGUGACGAAUGUGCACGAUACUCGAAAACCGCCUCGGGAAUUACCGACCACACUCGCCAUGUUUUUCAGGUCGAAAAAACAACAAAAGACCCCAACGGGUGGGUGAACUCUUGCAAUCAAAUUUGGCAAGCUCUCGCUUUCAGAGACGACGCCGCCGGAAAUGCCGAAAGUGGGAACGAAAGAAGCAGCGAAAUAA